AUGACUGUGACAGACUUGAAUCUCUCUAUCUGUGAGCAUUUCUCCUGUCCAGAGAGAUCUGUAUCUCCUGCAGUUUAUAUCUUACUGUACGUGUGUUCAGCUGCUGUGGUUCUUCUAACAGUGUGUGGAAAUCUGCUCGUCAUCAUCUCUGUUCUUCACUUCAAGCAGCUUCACACUCCGACCAACAUGCUCGUGCUCUCUCUGGCUGUGACGGAUUUCUUUGUCGGUGCUUUAGUGAUGCCGCCGAUGUUCAUCUGGAUGAUUGAAACGUGUUGGAUUUUUGGGAAGAUUUUCUGCACCAUUUUUUGGUUUAUUGGCAGUUUCCUAACAAUUAUAUCAAUCUAUAAUGUUGCUCUGAUUGCUGUGGAUCGCUAUUUGGCUCUUUCACACCCCUUUUUCUACAUGAACAGAGUAUCAGUGAGGAUCAGUUGUAUUGUAAUUGGUUUAGACUGGUGUGUAGUGGUGACCUACAUUGUGGCUUUCUCAUAUUUCAAUGGAAACUUCACAAGUUCUUUAUUGUGCCCUGGACAAUGUUUUCUGUUUCUGAAGGAGGUUUUGUCUGCAAUUAAUCUUGUUUUAUCCUUAACAUUUCCACUUUCUGUCAUAAUCAUAUUGUACAGUCGGGUUUUUCUGAUCGCUAAGAAACACGCCACUGCUAUCAGAGAGCUUAAUAAUCACACACGACCUCAAACACAGAAAAUCACCUCCCACUCCAUGAAAUCUGAGAGAAAAGCAGCCAAAGUCCUCGGGAUUUUAGUGGCUGUGUUUCUAAUGUGUUUACUUCCUUAUUAUAUUUACAGUUUAUUAGGUGGCAUCGUUGAAAUUCAAAUAGAAACUAUUCAGAAUCUCAUGAUUGUCGGAUCCCUCAAUUCCACCAUUAAUCCAUUUAUUUACGCUCUGUUUUAUCCGUGGUUUAGGAGGUGCAUUAAAUUCAUUAUAACUCUGCAUAUAUUCCAGAUAGAUUCUGCUUUAAUCAAUGUUCUUUAA